UCAUAAAAUGAAAAAUAUUAGUUAAUUAUAUUCUCGUUUGAGCGAGAUUCAUAACCAUCCAAAAUGUCGGACGCAUGGGACGCAGAAGACUUCGAACCUGAGGAUUUUAAGAACAAACCAUCGGAUCGAUGGGAAGGAGAGGACGAGGACGAUGUAAAGGAAAGCUGGGAAGAUGACGAUGAAGAGGAGAAGAAAGAUGAUAAAUCAGAUUCAGAUUCCAAACCCUUCCAAAGAAAGAAAAAGAAACCAUUAGCAGAGAGAAUAGCCGAGAAAGAAGCUGCAAAAUUGGCAAAAGAAGAGGAAGAGAAGAAGCAAAAUACACCAUUGUCAGCGGAAGAGGAACUCACAGAAAAAUUACGCAGAGAAAAAAUUCAAAAAGAGGCUGAUCUAAAGCUGGCUAAGGAAGCUUUCGGAGUUGAUGCCACUGGAAUCGAUGCUAUGUAUCCUGAGACAGAAGAAGAAUACAACAGAUUUGAGGAGGCAUUAAAAACAAAAAUCUCAUUUUUCGAAAAAUCCAAAAAUUAUGUUCCAUUUUUAGAAAAGUUAUUCACAGAUUUAGUGGUUUCAUUAGAAGGGGAGGAUGUUAAAAAGCUUGGUGCAACACUCAACACUGUAUUUCACGAAAAACAGAGACAACAAAAGGAGCAGGACAAAAAGAAGAAAAACAAGAAGAAGAUUGUGAUAAAAGCGGAGCGUGACAAUGAUUUUGGUGACCUUGCUGCAGCCUCUACAGGCGGUUAUGACGACUUUUUCGACGACGACUUUAUAUAACCUCUUGUGAUUACCAUGUAUUAAGUGGCUUAUUGUGCAAAUUGCUCUAUCAGUGCAUGAAAAUUGGCUGUUUCUGAUUGGCCGAGGGGAUACCAUGUGAUUGAGCCUCUGAGAAGUUGUGUACAAAAUUCUAUUUAUUGAAGUUCAAGGAUUCUUCAAUUUACUGAAGGAAUUACAUCAUAUUUUUAGAUGCAGAACAUUGUUGAUUAUCUUUCAUUCAAUGAAAUUAAUAAAUUCACAUUAUAGUUAUAAUCUUA